CUGUUCUGUUGAGGAAGCAGGAAGACUUGUCUCAAGGGAUCCUCAUUUCCCUGGUGCCUUUUGCUCUUUGGGAAAAAUAAAGCAUUCUGUAGGCGGAGCUUGUGAACAACAUCUUCUUUAAAAACAGGAGUCCCCAGGCUUACCUGACCAUUUCAGUUCCAGUAUCCUACCUGGCAAAGAAGCAAUUAGCCAAAAUGAUGCCUGGAGGUUUAACUGAAGCCAAACCUGCCACUCCAGAAGUUCAGGAGAUUGCUGAUGAGGUUAAGCCGCAGCUUGAAGAACAAACAAAUGAGACUUAUGAAGAAUUUGAAGCUGUAGAAUACAAAACCCAAGUGGUUGCUGGAAUAAAUUACUACAUCAAGGUGCGGGUAGGUCAAGAUAGUUACAUUCACAUAAAAAUAUUCAAACCUCUUCCUCAACAGCAGCAGUCUUUGAAACUCACUGGCUACCAGACAGACAAAAGCAAGGAUGAUGAGCUGACGGGCUUUUAGCAGAACAUUCAAAAAGCCAUUGGAUUUCUUCCAUUAAUGAUGGAAUUGCUAAUAAUUGUUAAAGAAACU